GAUCCAAACGAUACGAGAAGGUGGGACGGAAAGUGCAACAAGUGUACAACAGGUCGUACACCGAUGUAGCGAUUCAGUUUUUACGGGACAACAACUUGAGAAGUUUACGGAAUUUCGCGAAAAACAGUGUGUGUGUGUGCGCGUGAUCGUCGAACAGUGUGGAUAAUUUCUCUUUUGGAUAACCGUGGGAUACUAAAACUUCGAUCUUCACCAAUGUGAUAGUGGAGUAUUUGAUUUCGAGUUUCCGUCAGAAUGCCGCCGCGGUCCCAUCAACUGGGCUGGCUCCUCGGCCUGACCGUCUUGGCGAUUACGGUCUGCAGGCCUGCUCACAUGCAAGGUCUGUUAUCCUGUUCAUCUAAUCCCUGUAAAAAUGGCGCGUCUUGUGUUUCAAAUCCCAGAGGAGAAUCUUAUUGCAAUUGCCCUCCUAUGUUCGUCGGCGAAUACUGCCAGCACUUGAACCCUUGCCAUACCGGACCCGGACCUAGGUGUCAGAAUGGAGGUACCUGCAAUGUGGAGAUGAGUGUGACCAGUGGUCCUACCUUCUCAUGCUCCUGUCCAGUGGGUUACUCCGCCUCCCUCUGCGAAAUUGCCGUCCAGAAUAGUUGCAAUAGCAAUCCAUGUCUCAAUGGUGGGACCUGCACUCUAGUCACCCUCACCAACUAUACUUGUUCCUGUGCCGCUGGAUAUAGAGGUCGCCAUUGUCAGUUGCCAGAUCAUUGUGCCUCCCAGCCAUGUCGAAAUGGCGCCUCGUGUCACUCCUUGAAAGAUACUUACCGAUGUACUUGUGCCCGUGGAUUCACUGGUACAAACUGUACCACAGACAUUGACGAAUGUCGACAAGACCUUUGUGUGCAUGGAAGGUGCAUUAACACAGUGGGAUCUUAUAGAUGUAAUUGUUCUCCUGGAUACACUGGGCAGAACUGUGAUACUCAAUACAUUCCAUGUGAUCCUAGUCCAUGUUUGAAUGGUGGCACAUGCAGGCAUGUUGACACAUUUAACUACCAGUGUUCUUGUCCACCUGGAUUCACUGGCACAAAUUGCGAAGAAAAUAUCAAUGAUUGUCCUGGGAAUCUUUGUCAGAAUGGAGCCACUUGCAUAGAUGGAGUUAAUGGUUACACUUGCCAUUGCCCACCUAAUUAUACAGGAACUUAUUGCAGCAAAGACGUCGACGAAUGUGCUCUGAGACCCAGUGUUUGUAAAAACGGUGCCACUUGCACGAAUACAAUAGGUGGUUUUACUUGUAUUUGUGUAAACGGAUGGACCGGCCAUGACUGCUCAGAAAAUAUUGACGAUUGUGCUGUGGCUGCCUGCUUCAACGGUGCUACUUGCCACGACAGAGUUGGAUCUUUUUAUUGCCAGUGUGCUCCUGGGAAAACAGGUCUCCUUUGUCACUUGGAUGACGCGUGUGCCAGUGACCCGUGCCACGCUGGUGCUAUGUGCGAUACCAGUCCUAUUGACGGAACUUACAUUUGCUCGUGUCCGAAUGGUUUCAAGGGAACUGAUUGCACAGAAGAUGUUGAUGAAUGCGAAGAAGGAUAUCCGUGCGAGCAUGAUGGGAAAUGCGUCAAUAUCCCCGGCUCUUUCAGUUGCAAUUGCACCAAAGGUUUCACGGGUCCUAGAUGCGAAAUAAAUAUAAACGAAUGCGAUUCGAAUCCCUGCCAGAAUGAAGGCACCUGCUUGGAUGAAAGGGGUGGCUUCCGUUGCGUUUGCAUGCCAGGCUUUACUGGAAUUUUCUGCGAACAAGAUAUAGACGAAUGCGCUCCCAAGCCUUGCUUAAAUGGUGGAAUUUGUAACGAUUUAAUCAACAAGUACACUUGCAUCUGUCCGAUUGGAUUUACCGGCAAAAAGUGCGAAACUAAUGAAGAUGAUUGUCUGAGCGACCCAUGUCAAAAUGGCGCCAUAUGUAUCGAUGCCAUCGCCAGCUACAACUGCCAAUGCAAACCAGGUUUUACUGGAAUUAAUUGUGAAACAAAUAUCAACGACUGUUUGUCUUCGCCAUGCCAUCACGGAGAAUGCAUUGAUGGCAUCAAUUCAUUCCACUGUAAUUGCCAUCGUGGAUACACGGGUAGACUGUGCCAGACCCAGAUUAAUGAAUGUCUUAGCAAUCCAUGCCAUCAUGGAGGAAUCUGUGAGGAUUUAGUCAAUGGUUAUCAGUGCAGAUGCCAUCCUGGUACUUCGGGUUUGAAUUGUGAACACAAUGUCAAUGAAUGUUCCAGCAAUCCUUGUCGAAAUGGAGCGACGUGUAAAGACGGGAUAAAUUCUUAUACUUGCCAGUGCCGACCAGGUUUUUCAGGUUUGCACUGUGAGAAAAACAUCGAUGAUUGCCGCAGUAAUCCUUGCGCAAAUGGUGGUAUCUGCAUUGAUCUCAUUGAUGGCUACCGAUGCGAAUGCCCGAGGGGUUAUUACGGUGCUCGUUGCCUAUCCGACAUCAAUGAAUGCGCCAGCAAUCCUUGCAGACAUGGAGCCACUUGUGAAGAUGAAAUCGAUCGUUUCAUUUGUCAUUGUCCUCCAGGAUAUGGAGGCCACAGGUGUGAAAUGGACAUUGACGACUGCCAAUCCAACCCUUGCCAGCAUGGUGGAAGUUGCCGAGAUUCAUUGGCCAGCUAUAGUUGCACGUGUCUCCCUGGUUACUCUGGCAGGAACUGUGAAAGUAACAUCGAUGACUGUUCUCCUGACUCCUGUCUCAACGGCGGAUCAUGUAUUGACUUAGUGAAUGCUUACCAGUGUGUGUGUGAAGUGCCCUACACUGGUACAAACUGCGAAGUAGAACUGGACCCGUGCAGGCCAAAUAGAUGCAAAAAUAACGCAAAAUGCAUGCCAUCUUUCAACUAUCAAGAUUUCGCCUGCAGUUGUAGCAUUGGGUAUACUGGGCGCUUAUGUGAUGAAGACAUUGAUGAAUGUGCUUUGUCUUCGCCAUGCCGCAAUGGUGCAACUUGCAUCAACACCAAUGGUUCCUACACGUGUAACUGUGCUAAAGGGUUUGAAGGAAGAGACUGUUUGAUAAACACUGAUGACUGUGCUUCAUUCCCUUGCCAAAACGGUGGCACUUGCUUGGAUGGUGUAGGAGAAUACACUUGUCUUUGUGUCGAUGGUUUUGGAGGAGUCCAUUGUGAAAUCGACAUUAAUGAGUGUGCUGGAAACCCUUGUAAAAAUGGCGCCACUUGUAACGAUUACGUUAACAGUUACACUUGCACAUGUCCUCUGGGGUUCAGUGGAACAAACUGCCAAACCAAUGAUGAAGAUUGCAAUUUAAGCUCUUGUGUGAAUGGUGGCACAUGCAUUGAUGGAAUUAACAACUACACAUGUAAGUGUGCUCCAGGUUACACUGGAAGCAACUGUCAGUACCACAUUAAUGAAUGUGAAUCUCAACCAUGUCGACAUGGAGCUACUUGUGUGGAUCAUGUUGGAUCAUUUACAUGCCAUUGUCCAUUCGGAUACACUGGUUUACAGUGUGAGAAUUUUGUCGAUUGGUGCAGUCAGAAUCCGUGCUUGAAUGGUGCCACUUGUAAACAAAUAAACAAUACCUAUGGCUGCACUUGUAAACCUGGCUGGACUGGCCAUCUUUGUGAUGUUAGCAUGGUAUCCUGUAAUGAUGCUGCACAACAGAAAGAUAUAUCUGUCAAAGAAUUGUGCAAAAAUGGAGGGAGAUGUGAAAACCAAGGCAACAGUCACAGAUGUAUUUGCGUCCCUGGCUAUGAGGGGAGCUAUUGUCAACAUGAAAUCAACGAAUGUGCCUCACAGCCAUGCCAUAAUGGAGCUACAUGUAAUGAUCUUGUUGGCCAUUAUUCCUGCACGUGUCUUCCUGGUUUCCAAGGCAUCAACUGUGAGCACAAUAUCGAUGACUGCAUGCCAAACCGCUGCCGAAAUGGUGGAACUUGUCAUGAUCUGGUGAAUAAUUUUGUCUGCUCCUGUCCUCAUGGUACUCAAGGUGUUUUAUGUGAGAUCAAUGUUAAUGAAUGUUUUGAUGGAGCUUGCCAUCAUGGUGGUACAUGCAUUGAUAAAGUUGGCAAUUAUGAAUGUCAAUGCCCGCCUGGAUUUGUGGGUCCCAGAUGCGAAGGAGAUGUGAACGAGUGCUUGUCCAAUCCUUGCUACUCAACUGGUACUCAGGACUGUGUGCAGUUAGUGAAUGACUAUCGUUGUGAUUGUAAACCUGGUUUUAUGGGACGUCACUGCGAGCUUAGGGUUGACUUUUGUUCAUCCAGUCCAUGUUUAAAUGGGGGAGUUUGCUCAAGUGUUGCUCAGGGUCACAUGUGCAUUUGUGCUGAGGGAUUUUAUGGUGACAACUGCGAGUACUCCAACAAUUCUUGUACUGGAAAUCCUUGCAAAAAUGGUGGUCAGUGCCGUCCGAGAAGACAUGGCUAUGCCUGUGUUUGUCCAUCUGGAGCUGGUGGCCAUAACUGUGAGAUUGAUACAUAUAAUGAAUGUAACUCGUCUCCUUGCUUGAAUGGUGGAACAUGCCACAAUAGAAUCGGUAAAUAUGAAUGUGUAUGUCCCGAAAACUGGAACGGCGCUCGAUGCAAUUUCUACGAUUCCUCUUUCGUGGGCGGAAUCGGAGUGUACCUGAAACCUGGCACCAUUUUGCGAACAAAUGACAACGACAAUUACGACAGAUGCGAAAUUAACGAGUGUUACAAAAAAUCUGGAAACAGAAAAUGCAAUGAAGAAUGUAAUACAAGAGAAUGCAAUUUCGAUGGAGGUGACUGCUCAUUAGGUAUGAACCCAUGGAUGAAUUGCACAGCACCAAUAAACUGUUGGGAUGUUUUCCGUAAUGAUGAGUGCAAUGUGGAAUGCAAUAACAUUGAUUGCCUUUUUGAUGGAUUUGAUUGUGAACAAAAACUGCUGCCUUGCAAUGAGCAUUAUGAUACAUAUUGCUUGAAGAAUUAUGGCAACGGCUACUGUGAUUAUGGUUGUAAUAUCGAAGAAUGCAACUGGGAUGGAUUAGAUUGUGAAUCUGAACCUCCAAUGUUAGCUGAUGGGUCUUUGAUGGCUGUUGUUUUAAUGGAACCUGAAGUUUUCAGAAACAAUUCUGUUCCCUUCUUGAGAGAAAUAGGGCACGCUUUAAGGACAAUUGUUCGAAUUAAGAAGGACAACGAUGGCAAUCCUAUGAUUUAUCCUUGGCAAGCUAAAGAUGUCCCAGUUAGUUAUCACAGAAAGCAUGCAAAAACCGGAACCAAAGUUAUUAUGGAAAUCGAUAACCGACGAUGCGUCAAAUCGGCUGCUACUGAAUGCUUCCAGUCUUCAUCUAAGGCUGCUCAAUUCUUAGCAGCUGCCCAAGCACGCCAGGCCUUUGCCUUUGAAAUUCAAGAAAUACGAGGAGAGGAUCAAGAUAAAGUAACGUCUGUUGAGAUGGGUUCUUCCAAUAUGUUGUACAUCGUAGUGACCAUCGUUGCAGUAGCUUUUUCGGGCAUAUUUUUCGGUGUUUUGAUCACCAGCCGCAAGAAGGCGAGAGGUAUAACCUGGUUUCCAGAGGGGUUUUUCCGAACUAGCAGCAGUCAGAGAAGGAGUUCCCACAGACGAGGGCCUGAUGGUCAAGAAAUGAGGAACUUGAACAAAAUAUCAUCAACAAACGCCGUAGACAUGAAUUCGAAUGAUAAUGCUGUACCUGUUCCUCCUCCACCAGUCCCCUCUUCAGCCGUCAGUGAAUGGAGUGACGAUGACGGUUUGGAUCAUCCCCCUGUUAAGCGAUUGAAAAGUGAAAGGUCUCAAGAUGGAAGUUUUGGUGACAGUCAGAGUUCUCUGUCCCCUCAAGAUUUUUCUGAAACCACCGAUCCUCGCACAUGGACCCAACAACACCUCGAUGCAGCUGAUGUUCGAAAUCCUGAUAUCUUGGCCCUGACGCCACCACAAGGAGAAAGAGACAUGGAACCUGGUACAGUUGAUGUCAACGUUCAAGGACCUGGUGGAUUGACGCCACUCAUGUGUGCAUCUUGUCGCGGUGGUGGAAUCGAUGUUUUAGAAGACGGUGAAGAUGAAGAAGGGGCCAGUGGGAACAUGGUACAAGAACUAUUGAUGCAGGGAGCUGACUUCAAUAUGACUUUGGAUAAAACUGGAGAAUCAUCUUUACAUUUGGCUGCCAGAUAUUCCCGAGCAGAUGCUGCAAAAAGGUUGUUAGAUGCUGGAUGCGAUGCGAACGUCAAAGACAUCACUGGACGCACACCUUUGCAUGCUGCAGUGUCAGCUGAUGCCAUGGGAGUUUUUCAGAUUCUGUUGAGAAAUCGUGCCACGAAUCUGAAUGCUCGAAUGAAUGACGGAACAACUCCUUUAAUUCUUGCUACUCGUCUGGCGAUUGAAGGAAUGGUUGAAGAGUUGGUCACUGCAGAGGCAGAUGUUAAUGCUGCUGAUGAUCAUGGCAAGACAGCUUUGCAUUGGGCUGCCGCAGUCAAUAAUUAUGAUGCAAUACGCAUAUUGAUAGCUCACGGAGCUAAUAAAGACGCACAAGACAACAAAGAAGAGACUCCUCUUUUCCUUGCUUCGAGAGAAGGAAGUUUGGAAGCUGCUCAAAUACUUCUCGAAAAUCUGGCAAAUAAGGAAAUUACUGACCACAUGGAUCGCCUGCCUCAUGAUGUUGCCCGAGAGCGUAAACAUUUGGACAUUGUUAAAUUACUCGACGAAUAUGUUCCUCCAAGCCCUCAAAUAUCAAAUGGACAUUUAAAUGCAGGCUCUCCCAUGUUCUUGAUGGGCAUGCAUGGUUCUACGAAAUCAAAAACAAAACGGAGAAAUAAACUCCCUCCGGGAUCUUCCCCAGGGAAGGAUAAUUUAGAUGGUCUAACCCUUACCAAUGAUACUGGAUUACGUAGAAAAGCUUCUGUUAAGAAACGCAAGGAACCAACUCACUUACUCAUGCAGGGCAUGGAUGGAUCCGUUUCUCUGUCACCCGAUUCGAUGACGUCUCCAAAUGCUCUUAUGCAGAAUGGAAUGGACACUUCAGAACCUAUAUAUACCCAACUUACCAAUGUGGUCCAUUUAACGCCCAACACCAUGAAACUUCUACCACCUCCUUAUGAUGAUCGUCUUAAAGUAAACUACUGUGGCAAUUCUGGUGUCGAUAAUCAAGGAUUGGGUCAAGCCUAUAUGGAUCCGAAUUCUAUGCAAAAUGUGCCUUCUCACCAUGCCAGACAGAACUCAAUACCAAGCAAUGGUGGUGUGCCGCCAUCUCGUCCUUACAACUCCUCAUCUCCCAUUAAACAGCGUCCAUCUUUGCCUACAUCUCCAACGCACAUGGCGGCCAUGAGAGCUGCCCACCAUCAACGAACUACAAAAAUGCAUCCACAAUCUGGUGGUAAUCUACUUUAUGACUACCCACAGCCUUUACCAGAUAUACAGGCUGGAGUGGGUUCUAAUCCAAAGGGGAGUGUGCAGAGUAAUGGACAGCAAACAUUGUAUCCCCAUUUAUAUCAUUAUCCAACCCCUCCCUCUCAGCACAGUCAUAAUGAAGGUGAAACCACGCCUCAUUAUCUUCACCCUCCUGAGAACAAUUACCUCACCCCCUCACCCGAUUCCCCCGGACAGUGGUCAAGUUCAUCCCCUCAUUCUGCAUCGGACUGGUCGGAAAGCAUGGCUAGCCCGAUGGGGCACAAUCUUCAUUCAUUGCAUUCUGUUGAUCAUUCACAACACCCCAAAACUCAAAAUGUGAAUGCCAAGCAGAAGUCUUCCAUAACUCAGUCUCCACAGGCUGUGUUCAUCUAGGCAUCUAAAACUGCAAUAUGUCUUAAAUAAUGCCAAAAUGAUCAGAGAUGAAAAAUACUGAACUGUUCAGUGGCACAAUAUUAUGUGUUGAGAGAUACGAUCUCUGUAUCAUAAUUAAUGUAUUUAAGAGUAUUUAUUACCCAUUGCCACAUGCUGUGUGAUAGUUUCAUUGAGUUACUAUUUAAGAGGUGCAGCAUUUCACUCAUUUGCUGUAUUAUGAGCCAAAUGUUUGUCAUCAUGUACAUUUAAAUCAUUUUCAUUUUAAUGAACAAUAUUCAUUUUUAGCAAAAUUCGAUGCACUUGUUUUUCUUGCAAGUUCUAAUUGUGCCAUUAUUUCAAUAUGGAACAUAUUUGAAGUUCUUUAAAUAAAAAUAGUGUAAUGGUUUUCAUCCAAAAUUUUCUACUUCCUCUUUCAAAAUAUUCAGAUCAUGCCAUGUAUUUAUAUAAAAGCAUAUGUAAAUUCAUUUCUUUGUAUAUUUUGUAAUAUUGAUGGGAAUUUUAUUGUACAGUUGUGUUACUCUAUUCGUUAUAUCGUUUUUAGGACUUUUUAAAUGUUUACAGUAACGUUGAUAUAAAUUUACAGUAACUGAAAUACUUCAGUGAUGAUGUUAAGCAAUUUACAUUUUAUACUGUUCGUACAGAAUGUAGUUGUAGUUUAAUUGAAAUAGUUUAAAAUUUUUUUCGCAUGUACAACUGAAUAUUUUAUGAUGCUAUGGAAGGUUUCUAUAGCUAUUUUACUAACAUAUUGUGUCUUCUCUACAGUAUUAGAAUAUGAAGUGCCUAAUGGUAUAAUAAAUAACAGCUUUAAGAAUUUGAAUUUGUUAAUCUUGCAGCUAUUUACAUAUUCCAAAUAACUGUGAUUAUCAUGUAUAUUAUCAAAUAUAUUUUUGUAGAAUAUACAUUGAAGAUAUUUUUUAACCUUGUUCUCAUGCUAUAACGAGGGUCCAAUUUAUUAAUUGUAAAAUACAGAAGAUUUAUCAUAGAACAUCUUAAUCCAUUUUUUCCCAAUAGUUUUCGUCAUUCCUUAAAUAUUUUAUCUAUAGCCAAUUUUAUGAAUUAUUUGUAUAAAAUCAAAGCAAGCUUCAGCUAUAACAUGAAAAGAAGUUUUUAAUUCCACACGUAUCAAGUAGUUUAUUUACCAUAUUUUUAGAGACAAAUUUUAUUUGUAACUCAUUUACUACUUUUAAAAUAAGAGACAAUAUUUACCAUCAUAAAGCCUGUGAUCAGAGUAUAUCAUUUUAUAACUAAAUAGGCAUUUUUUUAAUGUGUUUCUACAUGAUGUAGUGAUAUUUGUGUUCAUGGCUCCUAGCACAUAUUUUCAUCAGAUUUUUUUUUUAAUAAAAUAAAGGUAAGAAUUUACUAUUACUUUUUUAUAGUGAAUACUACUUCACCAAGAACAAAUUUUUUGAGUAAGUUUUGAACAAACAUAUUCUCAUUUUAUCUAUUGUUUUAAAGUGGAACGAAACGUUUAGAACGAAAUAGUGAGGUAAUUUCAAACUGUUGAAAAUUAAUUGUAAUGUUUCUACAGAUUAUUUUAUACUGUUUUAAAAAUGUGUUAUUGUAAACCAUUUGUAAAAAUCAGGUCAUUAUUUGACUUUUAAGAGAAAUAUUUUUGUAUUGUAGUUUUGCUAAAUAAAGUUAUAAAAUAGA